AUGUUAGGUUUAGGUCUUCGUCGACUCAAGACACGGCCGUCCUUACUGGAUUUGAUCGCCAGUCAAGCCGUGGUAGAGGAAACAGACUGUGUUGUUGAAGUGGGAUCGAGACCGUCAUCACCGCCCGCGGAGGAGCUGCCACCGCUUCCCGUUUCGCCCACCUCGACCACCUCCCGCAGUGACCGCAGCUGCACCACCACCACCACUUCUACUACUACUGCUACCGAUAGCACGGACAACCUCCACCACCACAAUCUGAAUCAUCUCCCCUCCUCCUUGCCUCCCCCCUCUACAUCUACGCCAUCUACAUACCCGGUUAAGAUGGCCCCGUCCGCCAAGGAUUCCGAGGUCGAGCAUGGCUCUGUCUUCUCCGUCUCCGGCCCCGUCGUCGUGGCCGAACACAUGAUCGGCUGUGCCAUGUACGAGUUGUGCCGUGUUGGUUAUGAUCAGCUGGUCGGAGAAGUCAUCCGGAUCGAGGGUGAUAAGGCUACCAUCCAGGUCUACGAAGAAACAGCCGGUUUGACGGUCGGCGAUCCGGUCACGAGAACGGGCAAACCCCUGUCGGUCGAGCUGGGUCCCGGUUUGAUGGAAACGAUCUACGACGGUAUCCAACGACCCCUGAAGGCGAUCGCCGACCAGUCGAAAGGCAUCUACAUCCCCCGUGGUAUUGCUGUGAAUGCGCUGGAUCGCAAGAAGAAAUGGGAUUACAAGCCGGGUCAAUACAAGGUCGGGGACCAUAUCACGGGCGGUGACGUCUGGGGCACCGUGUUCGAGAACAGCUUGGUAGACGACCACAAGAUCCUCCUCCCGCCCCGUGCGAGAGGCACCAUCACGCGGAUCGCCGAGGCCGGUAGCUACACCGUCGAGGAGAAGCUCCUGGAGAUCGAGUUCAACGGCCAGAAGUCGGAGCACGGCAUGAUGCACACCUGGCCCGUCCGUGUGCCCCGACCCGUCAACGACAAGCUGUCCGCCGAUGCCCCCUUCGUCGUCGGCCAGCGCGUGCUGGACUCGCUGUUCCCCAGUGUGCAGGGCGGAACCGUCUGCAUCCCCGGAGCGUUUGGCUGCGGCAAGACCGUCAUCUCGCAGAGUGUGUCCAAAUUCUCCAACAGCGACAUCAUCGUCUACGUGGGAUGUGGCGAGCGCGGCAACGAGAUGGCCGAAGUGUUGAUGGAUUUCCCCGAGCUCUCCAUCGACGUCGGCGGCCGCAAGGAACCCAUCAUGAAGCGCACCUGUCUGAUCGCCAACACCUCCAACAUGCCCGUCGCCGCGCGGGAAGCGUCCAUCUACACCGGUAUCACAAUCGCCGAGUACUUCCGCGACCAGGGCAAGGACGUGGCGAUGAUGGCCGACUCCAGCUCGCGCUGGGCCGAGGCCCUGCGUGAGAUCUCGGGUCGUCUGGGAGAGAUGCCGGCUGACCAGGGCUUCCCCGCCUACCUGGGCGCCAAGCUGGCCUCCUUCUACGAGCGUGCGGGUAAGAGCACGGCUCUGGGUAGCCCGGAGCGCACGGGCAGCGUCAGCAUCGUCGGAGCCGUCAGCCCGCCGGGUGGCGAUUUCUCGGACCCCGUCACCACCAGUACGCUAGGUAUCGUCCAGGUGUUCUGGGGCUUGGACAAGAAGCUGGCGCAGCGGAAGCACUUCCCGUCGAUCAACACCUCCAUGUCCUACAGUAAAUACACGACGGUGCUGGACCGGUACUACGAGAAGCACCACCCGGAGUUCCCGCGCCUGCGCGAGCAGAUCCGCGAGCUGCUGACCAAGUCCGAGGAUCUCGACCAGGUGGUGCAACUGGUCGGAAAGACGGCGCUGGGCGACUCGGACAAGAUCACCCUGGACGUGGCGGCCCUGCUGAAGGACGACUUUUUGCAGCAGAACGGGUACAGUGACUACGACCAGUUCUGCCCGCUGUGGAAGACCGAGUACAUGAUGAAGGCGUUCAUGGGCUACCACGACGAGGCCCAGAAGGCGAUUGCGCAGGGCCAGAACUGGACCAAGGUGCGCGAGUCGACUUCGGACAUCCAGUCGUCGUUGCGCAGCAUGAAGUUCGAGGUUCCGGAGAACCACACCGAGGUGACUGCCAAGUACGAGAAGAUCCUCCAGUCGAUGACGGAGCGAUUUGCCUCGGUGUCGGAUGAGAUCAACGUCAACGAUCCGAGCUUGAUUUCGCUCGUCAAUAAAUUGCAAGAUGUCUUUUCGACGGUCGGUGUUCAAAAUCCCAUUGAUCUGCCCCAGAUCGCCGUGGUCGGCUCGCAGUCCAGUGGAAAGAGUUCGGUUUUAGAGAAUAUUGUCGGGCGCGAUUUCCUCCCUCGUGGAUCGGGUAUCGUCACCCGGAGACCCCUCGUCCUGCAACUUAUCAACAAACCCGCGAGUGGCGACGGACAGGCGAAUGGAGGAAAGCUCGAGACGACGGACAAGGAGGCCAACAUCGACGAGUAUGGCGAGUUCCUGCACAUCCCCGGCGAGAAGUUCCACGAUUUCAACAAGAUCCGCGAGGAGAUCGUGCGCGAGACGGAGCAGAAAGUCGGUCGCAACGCCGGAAUCUCGCCCGUCCCCAUCAACCUCCGCAUCUACUCGCCCAAUGUCCUGACCCUCACGCUCGUCGAUCUGCCCGGCUUGACCAAGGUCCCCGUCGGUGACCAGCCCAAGGAUAUUGAGCGCCAGAUCCGCGACAUGGUUUUGAAGUACAUCGGCAAGCCCAAUGCGAUCAUCCUCGCGGUGACCGCGGCGAAUCAGGAUCUGGCCAACUCGGACGGCCUGAAGCUGGCCCGGGAGGUCGACCCGGAGGGGCAACGGACGAUCGGUGUCUUGACCAAGGUCGAUCUUAUGGACGAUGGUACCGAUGUGGUGGAUAUUCUUGCGGGCAGGAUUAUCCCCCUUCGCCUGGGCUAUGUGCCGGUGGUCAACCGUGGCCAGCGUGAUAUCGAGAACAAGCGGCCCAUCGCCUAUGCGCUGGAACACGAGAAGAACUUUUUCGAGGGCCACAAGGCUUACCGCAACAAGGCUUCGUACUGUGGCACGCCGUACCUAGCUCGCAAGCUGAAUUUGAUCCUGAUGAUGCACAUCAAACAAACCCUGCCCGACAUCAAAGCGCGCAUCUCCUCCUCCCUGCAAAAGUACACGGCCGAACUGUCGCAGCUGGGCGACUCGAUGCUGGGCAACAGCGCCAACAUCAUCCUGAACAUCAUCACCGAGUUUACGGACGAGUACCGCACCGUGUUGGAGGGUAAGAACCAGGAGCUCUCCAGCAUCGAGUUGUCCGGUGGCGCGCGGAUCAGCUUCGUGUUCCACGAACUCUACUCGAACGGUAUCAAGGCCGUCGACCCCUUCGACUACGUGAAAGACAUGGAUAUCCGGGUCAUCCUGUACAACUCGUCCGGUCCCUCGCCGGCGCUGUUCGUCGGCACGGCCGCGUUCGAGAACAUCGUCAAGCAGCAGAUCAAGCGGCUGGAGGAUCCCAGCACGAAGUGUAUCUCGUUGGUGUACGAUGAGAUGGUGCGGAUUCUCGGCCAGCUCCUGAACAAGCAGCUGUUCCGACGGUACCCGAUGUUGAAGGAGAAGUUCCAUGCGGUGGUGAUUUCGUUCUUCAAGAAGUGCCUGGAGCCGACGAACAAACUUGUCCGGGAUCUGAUUAACAUGGAAUCUUGCUAUGUCAAUACUGGACAUCCCGACUUUUUGAACGGACACCGUGCCAUGGCUAUUGUCCACGAGCGUCAAGCCAGCAGCAAACCGACGCAGGUUGACCCGAAGACCGGAAAACCUCUCCCCCAGCGCGCCAGCAGCCCGACAGUGGAGGCGGUGACGGCGGAGAACCAGGGCGGAUCUGGAUUCUUCGGCAGCUUCUGGGCGUCGAAGAAUAAGAAGAAGAUGGCGGCGAUGGAGCCGCCACCGCCGACUCUCAAGGCGUCGGCGUCGAUGUCCGAGCGCGAGACCACGGAAGUUGAAGUGAUCAAACUUUUGAUCACAUCGUACUACAACAUCGUCAAGCGUACGAUGAUCGACAUGGUGCCUAAGGCGAUCAUGUACACGCUGGUGCAAUACACCAAAGACGAAAUGCAGCGCGAGCUGCUGGAGAACAUGUACCGCAACAGCGAGCUAGACGACCUGCUCAAGGAGAGCGACUACACGAUCCGCCGACGGAAGGAGUGCCAGCAGAUGGUGGAGAGUCUGUCUCGGGCCAGCGAGAUCGUCAGCCAGGUUCAGUAG